ACUAGUUUUAAACGCCUUUCACUGGGAACAAAACAUAAAUUCUAAUCACAGUUUGGUUUUAGCAAUGACCGAAGAAACACCAUCGUCUCUUCAGCAAGAUGAUCCUGUGGAUAUGGAAGGCACAGGAUCAGAUGUAGAACUCGAAAGAGGAGGGAAACAAGCAAAACUUGACGAAGAAGACAGCGACAAUGAUUCCACCGUCAGCAGUUCCAAUUCGAAUUCAACACAAGCCACAAUUGGAAAGAGAGGAUUCCGUGGAAAAGGCAGAAAGAAGAAAAGUUUAGCGUUCAAAUGCGCGAAUUUUCUUAGGGAGGAUCACAAACAGCCUAUAUUUGCUGUGCAGUUUAAUCACAAUGUACCAGAAGGAACAGAUGAUCUCAACAUGUUUGCAACAGUUGGAAGUAACAGGGUGACAAUCUACCAGUGUGAAGCAAAAGGUGUGAUCAAGCUACUUCAAGCAUAUAUGGAUGCCGAUCCAGAGGAGAGUUUCUACACAUGUGCAUGGUCCUACCAUCCUGAUACAGGGGAGCCUUUGCUUGCUAUUGCUGGUACAAGAGGAAUCAUCAGAUUCAUCAGUCCAAUAAGCAUGAAUUGUAUCAAGCAUUAUAUUGGUCAUGGAGGAGCCAUUAAUGAACUCAAGUUUCAUCCAGUGGAUCCUUAUUUACUUCUAUCAGCAAGCAAAGAUCACAGUCUAAGACUUUGGAAUAUCAAAACAGAUGUGUUAGUUGCAAUAUUUGGUGGAGUGGAUGGACAUAGAGAUGAAGUCCUCAGUACAGACUUUGAUAUUCUGGGUGAAAAGAUGGUGUCCUGUGGUAUGGAUCACUCACUGAAGAUAUGGUCUCUUCAAACUGAUGCUGUCAAGAAGGCUAUUGCGGAGUCCCAUUCUUACGAUCAAAGCAAAACUGAGAAAGCUUUUCACACUGUCAAGCUCCACUACCCUGACUUCACCACCCGCGACAUUCAUAGAAACUAUGUGGAUAGUGUUCGCUUCUUUGGUGACCUCAUCUUGUCUAAGUCAUGUGAAAACUGCAUUGUAUGCUGGAAACCACAAGAGCGAUUUGAGGACAUUUUUAAUGGGCCUUUCAAUUCUGAUCGGGUUGUAACAGUGCUUCACCGGUUCGAGUUUUCCCAGUGUGAUAUCUGGUACAUGAGAUUCUCGUUAGAUUACGAACAAAGGCUAAUGGCGGUUGGGAAUCAAACAGGGAAGACAUUCGUUUGGGAUAUUGGCGUUGACGAUCCAACAAAAGCUAGAUCGACAACGCUUGGGCACAACAAGUGUGUAUCGGCCAUCAGACAGACGGGAUUUAGUAAGGACGGCAAGAUUCUAAUAUCUGUUUGUGAUGACGGAACGUUAUGGAGGUGGGACAGAGUCAGAUAAAAAUCUGUUCUGUCGUGUCACUGGUUUGAUGUAUAAUAACUCGGACAACACAUUUUUUUUACUGUAUAUUUUUCGUCCUAUAACAAACUUUUGUUUAAUUAAAGAGACUGGUUUUCAAAGAG